AUGGAAGCAUUGAACUCCAAAUUCCAUAACCAUGCUCGUUCUAAUAGUUUACCCUCUAAACCACACCCUAUCAUCAUACAAUGCAAUGAACACUUGGCCAGGUUAGGGGCUUAUGAUGCAAGCUCCUCUUCUUCAUUGCUAAGGCAAAAACUAACUAGCCUACAGGAUUUGCAUGAUUGCAUUGAAAAAUUGGUUCAACUCCCCCUAACUCAAGAAGCACUUGUCCAAGAACGCCAAGAGAAAUGGGUGGAUGAUCUCUUGGAUGGAUCUCUAAGGCUCCUUGAUGCUUGUACAGCAACCAAAGAUGCCUUACUACACACAAAGGAGUGCACCCGAGAACUACAGUCAACUAUAAGAAGAAGAAGAGGAGGUGAAGUGGAGCUCACAGUAGAGGUUAAAAAGUUCUUGACCUCAAGGAAAAUAGUGCGCAAGGCCAUAGUCAAAGCCUUGGAGAAUUUGAAGGGUAAUGCAAAUAAAUGCAAUGUUUCCAUCACCAACAAAGACUAUCAAACCAUGGCCUUAGUUGGCUUGUUAAAAGAUGCUGAAGUGGUCUCUUUUUCCAUAUUUGAGUCGUUGCUGAAUUUCUUUUCUGGGUCAACACAAUCUAAACGAAGUAGCUGGGGUUUGGUUUCAAAGCUAAUGCACAACAAAAGGGUAGGAUAUGCACAAGGAGCAGAUGAGAAUGAGUUUGCAAAAGUGGAUGCCGAAUUGCAGUUCUUUGCAUUUAACACGUCAACCAAGUCAAACAACAUCAAUGAUUUGCAAAAGAAGCUAGAGAACUUGGGGUCCUGUAUCCAAGACCUUGAAGAAGGACUUGAAUCACUGUUUAGGCGUUUAAUUAAAAUUAGAGUUGCCCUGCUCAACAUCCUUAAUCACUAG